AAGUGACAUGUUUAUUUAUUUUUUACUUGGACUGAACUGUUAACCGGAUGUUGGGAGGUGGAGUUUACACUAGACAUCAGAGCAAGCUUAAGCUUUCAUUUAGACUGAGUGUGUUGUGGCCCUUAUCUGAUAUUAUGUGGCCAGAUUUUGUCUGCGUGGUAUGCCUAAUCAUUGUUCACUUCCAGCCAACACAAGCUGCCAACACUCAAACAGUGUCUGCCUUUGUAAUCAUCGAUGUCCAGGAAUGUUUUUUAGAGGGAGGUAAUCUGGCUGUAAAGGAUGGAAAUGCCGUCAUAGAAGUUAUAAACAGAAUUCGCGAAAAAUGGCAGAGGUUUUUUACUUUGACUGUUUUAACCAAAGAUUGGCACUGCAAAGAGCACGUUUCCUUCGCAUCCAGCCAUUCGUCACGCAAACCUUUUGAAGAUGUAGAGUUAAAUUACACACUGAAAGGUGAGCUGUGCUCUGAAGCAGGAGGAACAGUGCCAGGUACAGUUGAUUGCAAAGGGCCUACGAAAACAGUGGCACAGAAACUCUGGCCCGAUCACUGUAUCGCUAACGUUACCAGCGGAGGGACCUCGUCGAAUCUUGCAAAAGGUCUUAAAACUUAUGAUACUGACAUCGUCGUUAUAAAAGGCGACAACUGCCAGAGAGACUCGUAUUCUGCCUUCUGGGACAAUGGUAACUUCUCCUCGACUGCACUGCAUGGCACACUCAAGUCGUACGGCGUCACCACUGUCUACAUGGUAGGACUUGCCCUUGACUACUGUGUCUUUGAAUCAGCCAAGGACGCCAAACACUUAGGAUAUAACACUUUCGUAAUAAGAGAUGCUACCAGGCCAGUGGACAACACAACAGGAGACAGUGCGGUCAGCACAAUGCUGAGAGCAGGGGUGAAUGUGAUAACAAGCCAACAAUUAGACAAACUGAUGGAACCAUCAAGGGCAGGAAACGCUCAAGUGAGACUCAUUCCUGACACAAUGUUACUAUUUAUAGCCAAUGUCAUGGUCGUUGUAACAGCCCACAGUUCUGCAAGUCGCUCCCGCUAGUAAAAGUUCAAACGCAAAGUACAAAUGUAUUCAAUGUUUUUUUUUUUAAAUGUUAACCAAAACAUUAAAUAAAAUAUUUUAAAAAUA